AUGAUAUCUGAAAGGAAUUCUUUUAAUAUUUAUCAAGUUCGAUUGGGUAUCAAAGAGAUAUGGAAUUCAGAGACUUCAAAUCAAAUUGCUGCUAAAUAUGAUGCCUCACUAAUGGAAAUUCAACAAAAACAUGAUCCAUGUAAAUUCAAAAGUUUAACUUGUCAGAAUUCUUUCAAUAAUAAUAAUAAUAAUAAUAAAUGUGAUGCCUUGAUGUUUUGGCAACUAUACACAGAAAACAAGUUGGAUUAA